CAAACGUACUUUUUAUUGCCGGGAAAAAUAACUGCCACAACGACCAGCAAUACUCACAGAGACCCACCCACACAGCAUGCCCUCACCAUGCCAACGGUGCGCCAUGCUCCUCCACAGGACGACUUCCCCUUUUCUCCAUAGGUUGCAACCCUCUCACCCUUUUCGUCUUCGCAAUUCCUCCCGAUUCCGCUGUGUGCUUCACUCGAUCGUUCCCAAGUUCUCUGUCUCUUCCUCCUUGACCUCCGUUCUUACUCCCGAAAAUGUGAUUGCCGCUGCUGCCGCGGCUGCCAAUAGCUCCGGCUCUGUUCAUGGCGCUGUCUCCUCCGCCAUCACGCAGGUGGCCGUCACCGCUGUGGCUAUCGCUUCGGGGGCUUGUCUUUCCACUAAGGUUGAUUUCCUUUGGCCCAAAUUGGAGGAACAGCCAGGUGCUAUUAUACAGGAUGGAGUUGACAUUACAGGCUAUCCUGUAUUCAAUGAUGCGAAGGCAGGUGCAGAAGGCUAUUGCUUUUGCAAGAAAAGCACACCAUGGACAAAAGCGGAAAACAGGAGAACCUUAUUUAACACAUUGCAUUCAUACUGGAAGAAUUUUGGCGGCUUUGGUCCCAUCAAGUGGUAAACGAGCUGUUGAGACGGUUGUGGCUGGUAUUCUCCAUGAUGUGGUUGAUGAUACAUGCCAAAGUCUGCAAGACAUUGAAGAAGAGUUUGGCGAUGAUGUGGUUAGAUUGGUAGCUGGCGUUUCUAGGUUGAGUUAUAUAAAUCAGCUCUUACGCAGGCAUCGAAGGGUGAAUGUAAACCAGGGUGCCCUUGGCGAGGAAGAGGCAAGUAAUUUACGAGUUAUGCUUUUGGGAAUGGUUGAUGAUCCACGCGUUGUGCUGAUCAAGCUUGCAGAUCGACUUCACAAUAUGAGAACUAUUUAUGCUCUGCCACUACAAAAGGCUCAAGCCGUUGCAGAGGAGACCUUAAUUAUUUGGUGCUCACUUGCUUCUAGAUUGGGUUUGUGGGCAUUGAAAGCUGAAUUGGAGGAUCUAUGUUUUGCUGUUCUCCAGCCUCAGAUAUUUCGGAAGAUGAGGGCAGAACUAUCUUCAAUGUGGAGCCCCAGGGGCAGAACAGGAAACCUGAGAAGUUUAUCUCCAAAAGGAGGCCUGCUACCUUUGGACAAGAACAGUUCUACUUCCUCUGAUGAAUCCUUGAUGUUCAAUGAGGACGUCUCAAAUAUGAAGGAUCUUUUGGAGGCUGUAGUUCCAUUUGAUAUACUGUUAGAUAGGAGAAAACGAGCUACCUUUCUCAGCAGUAUUGGGAACAGUCUUGAGACUUGUGUGAAGCCUAAGGUGGUUCAGGAUGCUGGAUUAGCUUUGACAUCAUUGGCAAUUUGUGAGGAAGCACUUGAACGGGAACUUAUUAUAUCAACUUCAUAUGUUCCAGGAAUGGAAGUGACAUUAUCAAGCCGAUUAAAAAGCCUAUAUAGUAUUUAUAGCAAGAUGAAGCGAAAGGAUGUUGGUAUUGAUAAAGUAUAUGAUGCACGAGCAUUAAGAGUAGUCGUGGGAGACAAGAAUGGAACUCUACAUGGACCUGCAAUUCAGUGUUGUUACAAUCUUCUUGAAAUUGUACACAGGCUCUGGACUCCCAUUGAUGGUGAAUUUGAUGAUUAUAUCAUCAAUCCUAAGCCUAGUGGCUAUCAGUCCUUGCAUACAGCAGUACAAGGCCCCGACAACUCACCUUUAGAAGUACAAAUACGAACACAGAGGAUGCAUGAGUAUGCCGAACACGGACUUGCUGCACAUUGGCUAUACAAGGAAACUGGAAAUCCAUUUUCCACCAUAAACAGCAUGGAUGAAUCUGAAAUAGAAGCAUCCUCCUAUUUCUCCGAAGAUAUAAUGGAGGAAAAUUCUUCAAAUAACAUUUUAUUUAGUAAAUAUGAGUCACUGAAGGUUGGGCAUCCUGUCCUCAGAGUAGAAGGAAGCCACCUGCUUGCUGCUGUGAUCAUCAGGUACAUACAAUCUUCUUCUUUUUUUUUUUUUUUUUGUUUUUCUUUGGGCAUGUCAAUGGUCGAUUGCUACUCUGCACUCCCAUUACUUCUUAGAGUAGAAAAGGAGGGAAGAGAAUUGCUUGUUGCUGUCAGCUUUGGGUCAGCAGCUUCAGAAGCAGUGGCCAACAGAAGGUCUUCCCAGAUUAAGCGAUGGGAAGCUUAUGCACAGCUGUACAAAAAGGUGUCGGAUGAAUGGUGGUGUGAACCUGGACAUGGGGAUUGGUGUACCUGCUUGGAGAGGUACAUAUUAUGUCGAGAUGGCAUGUAUCACAAGCAAGACCAAUAUGGCCGCCUCCUGCCAACUUUCAUUCAGGUCAUCAAUUUUACAGAGCAAGAAGAAUCCGAAUAUUGGACUGUUGUAUCAGCCGUGUUCGAAGGCAGGCCAGUUGAUAGUAUUAUAUCUACACCAAACUCAGAAUCAGUUGCAUUAACUCCUGCGGAAUCUAGCAUCAACAACAAGGUGCAAUUGUUAAGGACGAUGCUUUGUUGGGAAGAGCAGCUGCGGUCUGAAGUAAGCAUCACACAAAAGCUUGGUGGAGAGUCUGUCGACUCGCCUGGUGCUCUUAACCUUGGGGAAGUGGUGAUCAUAUGCUGGCCUCAUGGUGAAAUUUUGAGUCUGAGAGGCGGUAGCACAGCUGCUGAUGCUGCUCAGAGAGUUGGUAUGGAGGGAAAGUUGGUUUUGGUUAAUGGCCAAUUGGUAUUGCCCAGUACAGAGCUCAAAGAUGGUGAUGUUGUGGAAGUGAAGAUGUAAAUAAUUCUUCAUGGGUUACAUAUAAGGGCAAGGUUGAUGUCACAUGAUUUUUUUUUUCCUUUUUAUUUAAUAGAAGAAAAAAAAUGUCUGAUGUUAUUGAGUUGGCAGUAAAGAUGUAGGCUUUAGGAUUGAUUUACACACAGCACUGAAAAUAUGUAUCAUUUUGUAUAUAAGAGCUCAUGAGUAAUGAUAAGACAGUUCUUCCCAAUGUCUAAUAUGCUAUUUAUCGGCUCAGGAUCAUACUAAAGCCUUCUUUAUGAUAA